AGUAAACAAUGACGGGGCGCUAGCUACGUUAGCUUUACUGAUGUCUGGAAGUUUUUAAAGAUGACUGUCUUGUCUCGCAUGUAAUAUUUCAGGAGUUUAGGUAAUAAUGUCUUCAGUUCAACAUUUAGGAGAUAAACGUGAUACAAACUGCUGCUGUUGAAAAAAAAAACAUCAUCCAGUACGAAGAAGAGAUGGAUCAUAACAUCUGGAAAGCACAGAUAGCGUUACACACAGCUGACCUUCCACAGCAAUAUGUAUGUAAGGAGGAGGAGGUUCUUGCUGACCAGCAUCACUGUAACCUGGAGAGGAACUCCAGUCCGGACCAGGGGGACCCAGAGCUUCCACAAAUUAAAGACGAACAGGAGGAACUCUGCAUCAGCUUUAACCAAGAGGACCCAGAGCAUUCACAGAUUAAAGAGGAACAGGAGAAACAUUGUUCCAGUCUAGAGCAGGAGGACCCAGAGCCUCUGUGGAUUAAAGAAGAACAGGAGGAGUUCUGCACCAGUCUGGAGCCGGAGGAUCCAGAGCCUCUUUGUAUUAAAGAAGAACAGGAGGCACAUUGCACCAGUCUGGAACCGGAGGAUCUAGAGCUUCCACAGAUUAAAGAGGAACAGGAGAAACAUUGUUCCAGUCUAGAGCAGGAGGACCCAGAGCCUCUGUGGAUUAAAGAGGAACAGGAGGAACAGGGGGAACUUUGUAUCGGUCAGGAGGGAGAGCUGCUUGUUGUGAAGCUGGAGACUGAUACUUUUAUGGUGACUCCUAUUUAUGAGGAAAGUGACCACAGUGAACCAGAGCCAAACAGUGACCAGCUCCCUUCUUACAUCUGUCCUGUAGGUGAGAGCCCAGAUGAUGAAGGAAGCAAACAUGUAGACAAUUUUCCCGUGUCAGAGACUCACUGUAGUACUGUUACAGGUGAAAAGAAAGUAAAAUGCGAUAUUUGUGGAAAAGCUUUUAAAGAUAGUUAUCAAAUGAAGAAUCAUUAUAGAGUUCAUACAGGUGAGAAACCGUAUGAUUGUGAAAUAUGUGGCAAAAGUUUCAGUCGAAGUCGAAGUUUGUUGCACCACAUGAGAACUCAUUCAGGUGAGAAGCGGUAUUCUUGUGAAACAUGUGGGAAAAGUUUCCGCCUAAGUUCUAAUUUGUUGUGCCACAGGAGAACUCACACAGGUGAGAAGCGGUAUUCUUGUGAAAUGUGCGGGAAAAGUUUCCGUCAACGAGGCCAUUUGCUGUGCCACAUGAGAACUCACACUGGUGAGAAACGAUAUUCUUGUACUGCAUGCGGGAAAAGUUUCAGUCAAAGUGGUAAUUUGUUGCUCCACAUGCGAACUCACACAGGGGAGAAGCCAUAUUCUUGUGAAACUUGUGGCAGAAGUUUCAGUCGAAGCGAUAAUUUGACAGUCCACAUGAGAACUCACACAGGUGAGAAGCCUUACCUCUGUCACACCUGUGGGGACAGAUUUACUCACACAUCAAUAUUGAAAAGUCACAUGAAAAAGCACACAGGUGAGAAACCUGUCAUGAUGCCUCAGGAUGUUACAGUAGAUCUCGGCAUUGACCGUCUGACUGUGUGGGAUGAACUCAUGGUGCAAAACCCCAUGAAUGUCGAAGAAGACCACGAGCAUGCUCUUAGUCGCACUCUUGACCUGACGUGCCUUCUUCAGUCUCGGAGACUGCUGCUUGGUUUCUGUGUUGUAGUCAUAGACCCAAAUCUCUUCACCAGAGUCGUACUUGUAGACGGUCGCCCUGUCCUACCGUCGUCAUCCAGUGAAGUUCUGCCCAUCUUGAAACGUGAAUGCCACACAAAACAUCUGGACCGGCUCAUUGCCUCCUUGCCGCAGCAAGGCGCCUCUGCUGCCUCCAGUCUGAUCAGGAGAAGAAGAAGAGCUUCACUGAUGUGUGGUGUGGAGGAGGUUUGUGUUGUCGAAGCUCAGAUCAACACCUCAGCAGCUGAAGCAACGAUGAGUUCAGUCCAGAAUCUGAGAGAGUUGAUCAACCAGCGACUAACUGCUGCUGCUGAAGAAAUAUUCACAGAGUUUGAGAAAACCAUCGUCCAGUACGAGGAGGAGAUCGAUCGUCAGCGCAGACUGCUGGAAAACAUCUGGAAACCACAGAUAACACAACACACGAUGGACUUCCCACAGCAAUAUGUCUGUACAGAAGGGGAAGUUCUUACUGAGCAGGAGCUCUGUAACCAGGGGAGGAUCUUCAGCCUGGACCAGGAGGGUCAAAACAUUCAGCAGAUUAAAGAGGAACAGGACGACCUCUGCAGCACAUUAAACCAGACUGACUCAGUGCCUCCCCCGGUUGAAGAAGAACAGGAGGAACGCUGCAGCAGUAUGGACCAGGAAGAACCAGACCCUCAACCGAUUAAAGAGGAACAGGAAGAACUUUGCAACAGUCUGGACCUGGAAGACCUAGAGCCUCCUCACAUUAAAGAGGAACAGCAUGUUGGACUGAAACAGGAGACUGAUAUCUUUAAAGUAACUCCUGCUUAUGAGGAAUUUGACCACAGUGAACCAGAACCAAACAGCGACUUGCUCUUCUGUCACAACUCUCCUGUAGUUGUGGAGCUGGAGUCAAAGAAGAAACGUCAUGGAAACAGCAGCCACAGUAACGAUGUAGAAAUAUCUCCUGUUUCAGAAAGUCAGUGUGAUACUGACACAGGAAAAAAGUCCAUAAAGUGUGAUGUUUGUGGAAAAGCCUUUAAGGAUAAUUACCAAAUGAAAAUACAUCACAGAAUCCAUACAGGCGAGAAGCCAUAUGCUUGCAACUAUUGUGGAAAAACAUUCAAUCAAAUUUAUUUUAUGAAAUUACAUGAAAGAGUCCACACAGGUGAGAAGCCAUUUUCUUGUGAAACAUGUGGAAAAAGUUUCAGUUGUAAUGCUCACCUUAAAGUCCACAUCAGAAUUCACACAGGCGAAAAGCCAUAUUCUUGCAAAGCAUGCGGGAAAAAUUUCAGAAGUAGCGAUCAAUUGUCGGUCCACAUGAGAUUCCACACAGAUGUGAAACCAUACGAAUGCAACACUUGUGGGAAAAGAUUUCACCAGAUGUCAGCAAUGAAAAUUCACAAAAAAACUCACACAGGUGAGAAGCCGUUUCCCUGCAAAAUAUGUGGGAAAAGUUAUACUCAAUGUGGUAGUUUAUUGCGCCACAUGAGAACUCACACAGGUGAGAAGCCUUACCUGUGCAGCACCUGUGGAGAAACAUUUACAGAUGCAUCAACACUGAACAAUCACAUAAGAACUCACACAAACGAAAAACCCCAUUCUUGUGAAACAUGUGGGAAAAGUUUCAGUUUUAGCUCUCACCUGAAGCUUCACAUAAGAACCCACACAGGUGAGAAGCCUUACCUUUGUAACACCUGUGGGAAAAGAUUUACUGACUUAUCAGCAUUAAAAAAGCAUGUGGCAGUCCACACAGGUGAGAAGCCACAUUCUUGCGAAACAUGUGGAAAAAGUUUCACUCAAAAGAGUAACUUGACUGUUCACAUGAGAACGCACACAGGUGAGAAGCCUUACUCCUGUGACACCUGUGGAGAAAGAUUUAGUCUUGCAUCAGUUUUGAAAAGUCACAUGAGAAAACACACAGGUGAGAAACCUUACCUCUGUAACAUAUGUGGGGCAAGAUUUGCUGAGUUAUCGGCUCUUAAAAAGCAUACAGCAGUCCACACAGGUGUGAAGCCAUAUUCAUGUGAAACAUGUGGGAAAAGUUUCAGUCGAAGUGAUAAUUUGGCUGUCCACAUGAGAACUCACAUGGGUGAAAAGUCUAGACAGAAAAAUGCAACAAGUUUUUCUCCUUUUGUUAUUGAAAAGAUAAACGACAAAACUGAAAGCGCUAGCAGCGUUAGCUUUACUGAUGUGUGGAAGUUUUUAAAUGACGGCUGUGUUAUCUGGUUGCAAGGAGAUAUUUCAGUAGUUGAAGCAACGAUGUCUUCGGUUCGGUAUCUGAGAGAGUUGAUCAGCGAUCGACUAACUGCUGCUGCUGAGGAAAUAUUCGCAGAGUUUGAAAAAACCAUCGUCCAGUACGAGGAGGAGAUCGAUCGUCAGCGCAGACUGCUGGAUAACAUCUGGAAACCCGGAAUAACGCUACACACUAUAGGCCUCCCACAGCAGCAUGUCUGCAAGCAGGAGGAGAUUCUUGUUGACCAGGAGAGAAACUCCAGUGUGGACCAGGAGGACACAGAGCUUCCACAAAUUGAAGAGGAACAGGAGAAGCUCUGCACCAGUCUGGACCAGGAGGACCAAGAACUCCCACAAAUUAAAGAGGAACAGGAAGAACUCUGCACCAGCCAGGAGGAACUCUGCACCAGUCAAGAGGGAGAGCAGCUUAUAUUAAAACUGGAGACUGAAACAUUUUUGGUGACUCCUACUUACGACGACAAUUAUCAAAGCGAACCGGAACCAAACAGUGACCAGCUGCUCUCUCACAACUCUUCUUUAGCUGAAAGCCCAGACCAGGAAGGAAGCAUGCAUGUAGGAAACUCUCCCAUGUCAGAGAGUCACUGUCAUACUGACACAGGGAAAAAGAAAGUAAAGUGUGACGUUUGUGGAAAAGCGUUUAAGAAAAACUGUGAAAUGAAGAGACAUUACAGAAUCCACACAGGUGAGAAGCCAUACAUUUGCAGCACCUGUGGGAAAAGAUUCAGUGAGGUGUCAUCAUUUAAGUAUCACAAAAGAAUCCAUACGGGUGAGAAGCCAUAUUCUUGUGAAAUGUGUGGCAAAAGUUUCAGAAGUACUGAUAACCUGCUGGUCCACAUGAGAACUCACACAGGUGAGAAGCCAUACUCCUGUCAAACAUGUGGUAAAAACUUCAGCCGAAGUGGUCAUUUGUUGGGCCACAUGAGAACUCACACAGGUGAGAAGCGUUAUUCUUGUGAAGCGUGUGGUAAACGCUUCAGUCAAAGUUGUAAUUUGUUGCGCCACAUGAGAACUCACACAGGUGAGAAGCCGUAUUCUUGUGAAAACUGUUGGAAAAAUUUCGCUCAACGCGGCCAAUUGUUGCGCCACAUAAGAACUCACACAGGUGAAAAGCCUUACCGAAGCAGCUGUGGAGAACGAUUUAAGUAUGCAUCCACACUGAAGAGUCACACAAGGACUCACACAGGUGAGAAAUUGUAGUCCUGAGACAUCUGUGGGAACCAAGCUUGAAAAACGUAAGAAUUUAUUAAGGUUAAAAGUAGGUAUUUCAGAACAAAGGCGCCUACAAGCUGUGUUUAAACAACGAUCAUGUGACUUUAUUGCAUUAAAAUCCGGAUUCCAUCUGUGCCAGAUUGUACAAUCAGUUUGAAGAUGUCAAACUGUCCAAUGGCUACAUGGUGACUUUUACAGAAGCACACUGCAUUUGCAAAAGGAAGAGAAUUAGAGACAUUUCAUACUUCUGAGGAAAGAUCUCAUAAUUAAUUCCAUGUUGCGCUGGUGUUACCUGAUUAAAUGUCUGAACAUGAAGUUUGAAAGCCAGUAUAUUUUCUUCCAAUGAUGGAAAAUGUCAUAUUAAGUUCACGUGUGUAAAUUACAUACAGUCCUGUUCAUCUUGUUAAAAUCUGAUGUAUUUCUGUGGUGGUUCUUUUCAAUUUUUUUGUACAAAUAAGUAAAUAAAAUCUGCUUCUGGUUUGUAUCGGA